AUGGCUGAGUGGGAUCCGCAUGCCGUAAUCAGGAGUCUCACUAGCCAUAGCCCUGCUACCAACACUGCCGCCUACCCCCCUAGUCAAAGUGCCAACUACCUGGAUUGUCUGGCCUCUUUGAUUUUCGAUGAUAAAGAUACCUCUUUCUCUUUUCCUAAUACUGAACAGCCUGUAUGUAAUGGAUGGCAAGGAUUGCCAGAUUCUUACAAUCCCUUUCUGCAUACAACCGGUGUUCAUGGUAAUCUUCCUAACUCUUCCAUUUCUUAUUUUGGAGAAUUUAGUGGCCAAAAUCAGCUCCAACUGUAUCAUCAUCAACCACCAUCACCCCAACCAUUGCUACCAGAACCACUAGCCCUACCCCCACCCCCACUACCACCACCACCAUUGAUACCAGCACUUGCACCACCAGCAUUAUCCCAACCCCUACUACCACCACCAACAUUGCUACCAGCACCAGAACCAGCACCAGCACUAUCCUCACCCUCACCCCCACCCCCACUCCUGCCUCCACCCCCGUACCUGUCCCCAACCCCACCCUUCCCCAAUUUACAAUUUAGCUUCCCCUUCAACCCUGGCCAGCAACAAUUUCAACAUGCACGAUAUCAACAGCAACUAUUGCACCAGCGACGUCAUCCAAGGCCUGCGACCAGUGUUCCUGUCCCUCCUUCACGAACCACUCAAUCAUCUGCAUCGACAUCAAGGAAGAAAAAGAGCUAUUUGAAGAGGGAAGUGAUAACAGCAGAGAAUAUAUGCAACGAUGCGUGGGGUUGGCGCAAGUAUGGACAGAAACCCAUCAAAGGCUCACCGUAUCCAAGGAACUACUAUAGAUGCAGCAGCUCCAAAGGGUGUGCAGCGAGAAAGCAAGUAGAGAGGAGUAAUACAGAUCAAAACAUGUUCAUAGUGACCUACAGCGGCGACCACACCCACCCUCGUUCCUCACAGAGAGGCUCACUCAUCAGAAACAAAUUCCUGGCCAAACAAAAUCCUGCCAACGAAGGAUCCAAGGAGUCAAGUACUACGCCUUCGGCUACGAGUCUCUCUCCAACAACCCCUCCGCCAGCUGCCAUGGAGCAAGAGAACACAAAUGAGAACAUCGACGCGACACAGGCUGCAAAUAUGAAUGGAGCUGAUUUGGAGGGUAAUGGAAUUGAAAGCGAAGGCCAAGGUGAUGGUGAUGGUGAUGGUCGCGGUCACUAUUAUGAGGACGAGUACGAUGCUCUUGUUCCUAGUAUGACAAAAAAUGAAGACAUUUUUAAGGAUUUGCAAGAUUUGAGAACUGUUGAGGAAAGUGUUUUUGAUUUUGGUAGCAGUGAUUAUGGAGGCUUAGGUCAUAAUCCAGACAUCUUCUCCUUUUGCUCCGGUGGUUCUGACUUCUGACUGACAAAUCUCUGAGAAGGCGCUGUUUGGUUAAGGAAAAUGUUACUGUUCUAUCCUAUCCUUUAGGGAAGUUAGGAGGUGCUUAUGUUUAUGUUUUUCGCUCUUCUUUUUUUUCUUUUUUUCCGUUUAAUCUGAAAAGAAGUGUUCUUGCAGACAAAGACAACGGACAGGGA